UUCUUCUCCUCCUCCUUCUCCUUUUGAAUUCCUCUCCUUCUUCUCUCUCUCUAUCCAGAAGCAAGAAAGAGAGAGAUAGAGUGAGAGGAGAGGUUGAUUAUGAUCGUGAUUUGUUUGGAUUUGAUGGAGUUCUUGCUCUAGUUGGUCGGAUUCCUGCUUCUCUGUAAGCUCAGGAGGAGAUUUGGGGGGUUUUUCUUUUGGGGUUUUGUUUCCAAGGGACUGUGUACGGGAAUGGAUAGAGCUGCUGGUGAGAAUCGUGGGGGCUUGUUGAGAUCUAGUGGUUUUCAAGGGACUGGAAUGGAUAGAGCUGCUGGUGAGAAUUGUGGGGGCUUGUUUAGAUCUAGUGGUUUUCAAGGUCUUCCAAUGGAGGGUGUGAAGUUUGGGUCGGAAACGCAGAACAACAUCGGUGGUAACCGGAGAGCAUUGAGAGAUAUCAAGAACUUCAUAGGCGCACCACCUUAUCCUUGUGCUAUAAACAAGAAUAAGGUUGCGGUGGAUGAUAAUAAGAACUCAAACUUAAAUGUUGGUGGUGUUGCCCGCCGGCCGAUGACAAGAAUGUUUGCUGCUUCAUUGGCAAACAAAUCCGAAGCUUGCCAACAGGAAAACAGUGCAAGACUGCCGCCAAUUGGUAAUGAGAGGCAAAAGAGACUGAUUUCUUCAGUCCAGACUACAAAUGAAUCAGAGACUUCUACUGCCAUUGAUGUGGAUGACUUGAGAUCAGCUAAUGACAUUCCACUGCCUAUGGUGGAUGAGAUGGAAGAAGUGGCUAACUGUGAACUCAACAAGGAGGUUGAGAUGGAGGAUCUAGAAGAGGAAGACGAUGAGGAGCAGCUCCCGGACAUCGAUGCAAAUGACUUGAAUAAUCCACUGGCGGUAGUUGAUUAUGUUGAAGAAAUCUAUAGCUUCUACAAGAGCAAUGAGGCUCAAAGUUGUGUCUGUCCAAACUACAUGUCCAACCAGUUUGAUAUCAAUGAGAAAAUGAGAUCAAUCUUGAUUGAUUGGCUCAUUGAGGUACACUAUAAAUUUGAGCUCAUGGAUGAGACAUUGUAUCUAACAGUGAACAUCAUAGACCGAUUUUUAGCCCGGCAACAGGUGGUUAGGAAGAAGCUUCAGUUGGUAGGAAUGACAGCCAUGCUUCUUGCAUGCAAAUACGAGGAAGUGUCUGUUCCAGUUGUUGAGGAUCUAAUCCUCCUCUCCGAUCGAGCUUACACAAGAGCUGAAGUACUUGAAAUGGAGAAGCUGAUUGUAAACACUUUGCAUUUCAACUUGUCUGUGCCUACUCCUUAUGUUUUCAUGAGAAGGUACCUCAAGGCAGCAGAGUCUGACAAAAAGUUGGAACUACUCUCAUUCUUCAUCAUUGAGCUCUGCCUUAUUGAAUACGAAAUGCUUCGGUUCCGUCCCUCGCUGCUAGCUGCCGCAGCAGUCUAUACUGCACAAUGUACAUUGAGAGGAUUCCAGCAUUGGACCAAAACUAGUGAACUGCACACUUGUUACUCAGAAGAACAACUCACAGAAUGCUCAAAAAUGAUGGUGAACUUUCAUCAAAAAGCAGGAAUUGGAAGACUGACCGGUGUUCACAGAAAAUACAGUACGUUCAAGUUUGGUUGUGCAGCAAAAUCAGAACCAGCUCUUUUUCUGCUGAAAAACUAGGGAACUAAUAAUAAUAAUAAUAAUAUGAGAAAAUGAUUAACAAUUAUAUACAUCUAUCUAACUCUUUGAUGAGUUUAUGAGUUCCUGUUUGAGUGUGUUGUUCAACAAUGCAAUGGAAGCUGCUUGUUGAAUUUGGUUUUUUCUUUUUUAAAAUUUUUUUUAUUGAGGUGUUCACAUGAAAAAUCUCACAUAACUUUUAAGUUUUAAAUUCUGUACGGUUUCUUUAAAUUGGGUGGGUUUUUCAUGUAAAGAUAACUGCAAUCUUGUGUAUCACUUUCCAAUGAGAAACGUUAAUAAAUUUCUCUUUUUUAUC